GGCGGUGAGUGGCAGAAGUGCCCCUUCUCCAGGACCAACAAACUGGGGUGGGUGGGAAAAGGAGGGAGGCCACUUCCUUGAUCCCAGUCUUCAGACUCAGCACCCAGAGCAGAACCAGGAAGAAUUUGGGGAACCAGAGAAAAGGAUAGACAGACGGACAGAUAAACAGAAGCUCUGGAGGGUGGGGACAAGUGCAGAGAGAACCACGGGGACCCAGCUAGGAGAGUAGAAUGGGGACUCUCUGGAGCCAGGAGAGACCCCCAGAAGAGGAGCAGCCCACCGAACAGAGCAGAUGGUGGGCCCCAGCCAGGCAGCUGCUAACGGCUGUCCUGCUUUUAGGCCUGCUCCUUGGUUCUUCCGUGAUUUUGUUCUACAUCUUCCGGAGCUGUGGGCCUCGCCCCUGCGAGAUGCCCGCAUGCAGGGAUCUCCUGGAAUAUUACCGGGCCUCCGGGAACACCAGUGCACCCCGCUGUACCGACUUCUUCAGUUUUGCAUGUGCAGAAGCCAAAGGAGCCAAUAGUUCUUUUCAGGCCCUUGCUGAGGAGAACAAGAGCCGACUUCAGAGGAUACUGGAGGCCCCCCGGUCCUGGCCCCUAGGGUCUGGGGAGGAAAAAGCCUUCCAGUUCUACCACUCCUGCUUGGACACAGAUGCCAUUGAGGCUGCAGGGGCUGGUCCCCUCAGACAGGUGAUUGAGGAGCUUGGAGGCUGGCCAAUCUCCAGUAAUUGGACUUCUUUAGAUUUCAACCGAACUCUGAGACUUCUGAUGAGUCAGUAUGAUCACUUCCCAUUCUUCAGAGCUUAUCUGGGACCUCAUCCCACCCCUCCACACAUGCCAAUCAUCCAGUUCCUUGUCUGGACUCUUUCCUUCCUUGCCCUUUGCCCCCAGCCCAUUCCUUUCUUGGGACUCUUGCUCCUUCUCCUCACCCUCUCCAUUCUAUUUCCUGAGGCCAUCUUGCAUGGCACAGGCCCCAUGUCCCCACACCUGUCCUCUCCUUCCUCCACACAUCCACUUCUCUCCAGUCUCUCUUGUGUCCAGAUAGACCAGCCAGAGUUUGACGUUCCCCUCAAGCAAAACCAGGAACAGAAGAUCUAUGCCCAGAUCGUGCGAACAUACCUGACUUACUUGAACCAGCUGGGGACCUUGCUAGGAGGAGACCCAAGCCAAGUGGAACAGCAUGCCUUCUUGUCCAUCUCCACUACCUCACGGCUGUUCCAGUUUCUGAGGCCCCUGGAACAGCAGCAGGCGCAGGAAAAGCUCUUCCAGAUGGUCACUAUAAACCAGCUGCAGGAAAUGGCCCCUGCCAUUGACUGGUUGUCCUGCCUGCAAGCAACAUUCACACAGAUGUCCCUGAGCCCCUCCCAGACCAUUGUGGUCCAUGACCUGGACUAUUUGAAAAACAUGUCACAACUGGUGGAAGAACAGCUGUCAAGCCACAGUAACUUCCUGCAGAGCCACAUGAUCUUCGGACUGGUGGGGACCCUUUCCCCAGCACUUAACAGUCCAUUCCGGGAGGCACGCAAACUGCUGAACCAGAAACUUCAGGAGCUAACGGGACGGCCACGUGUGCCAGCCUACACUCGAGAGAUGAAGUGCGUGGAGGAGACCGGAGCCUUCUUUGAGCCUACCCUGGCAGUCUUGUUUGUCCAUGAGGCCUUCAGCCCGAGCACCCAAAGUGCUGCCAUGGACUUAUUCACUGACAUCAAGGAUGCCCUUGUUACCCGUCUCCGAAAGCUUCCCUGGAUGGAUGAGGAGACCCAGAAAAAGGCCCAGGACCGGGUUACCCAGUUGCAGGUAGAGAUGGGGGCCCCUGGAUGGGCCAUGACGUCAGUGCUCACCAGCCACAAAUACAGUGAGGUGCACCUUGGACCCAACUUCCUGCAGUCCUUCUUGAGUGGUGUUCGAUCCCGUCAAGCCAGAAUCAUCCAGAGCUUCUUGGAGCCUUUCCCCCACCACAGGUGGCAGGUGUCUCCCUGGGGGGUCAAGGCCUAUUAUUCAGCAUCUGACCACGUGGUGGUCUUCCCCGCCGGACUCCUCCAACCACCAUUCUUUCACCCUGCUUACCCCAGGGCUGUGAACUUUGGUGCUGCUGGCAGUAUCAUGGCCCGUGAGCUGUUGCACAUCUUCGACCAGCUCUUACUCCCUGGGAACUGCCCAGGCUGUGACACUCAUGCCCUAGAGAGGGAGCAGCAGUGCCUGGAGAGCCACUAUGCUGCCUUUCCUUUACAUGGCGGAACUUCCUUCAGUGGCUUCCACUCGCUCCUGGAGAGUGCGGCUGACGUGGGGGCACUGGCCAUUGCACUGCAGGCAUACAACAAGAGACUAUUAUGGCACCGUGGGGAGACCACCCUGCCCAACCUGGACCUCAACCCCCAGCAGCUCUUCUUCCGGAGCUAUGCCCAGGUGAUGUGUAGGGAGCUCAGCACACAGGAUUCCCAGGACACUCAGAGCCCACCUACCCUUCGGGUCCAUGGGCCUCUCAGCAACACUCUAGCCUUUGCCAAACAUUUCCACUGUCCAGAUGGUGCCCUCCUGAAACCCUCCCGCCGCUGCCAGCUCUGGUAACCUGGCUCCCAGAGACCUCAGUACAGAUGUGUCAGUGCUUCCUCCAUGGAAUCAGGGUGAUGUCUCCCUUCCCUUCUUCUCCAAAAAUAAAAUCUGGAACUUGG